AUGACUGAUGAGUAUGACUUAUCUCCUUUAUCAGAUGACAACUCUUCAUUCACACAUUCUCAUUCACAUCUUAACUUACUUCCUUCUGAUCCACAAUCUUCCCAUUUAUUCUCUUCAACCUCUUCCGUGAAGAAGAAUGAAAGAUUCACAAGUCCUUUAAAAACAACAGGAACUUCAUCGAGUUUUCUUCAAAAAACACCUCUUCUUUCAAAACUUCUUUCAAAUUCAACACAUCAUAAUCAGUCAUGUCUUAAUUCUGCACAAGUUCUGUGUGACAACAAAUCAUCUUCACAACUUAACUUUUCAUUAGACGAUGUUAUUCCAAGAAAUGAAAGUGGAUGUAGUGAUCAAAGUAAAACAAGACAAGAAAAAGAACUUGAAGAGGUUGAAAGAAACAUUCAAAGAAGACAAGAAACAGAAGGAAAGAAUGACAACAACAAAGAAGAGGAGAAUACAAUAAAUAAAAUUACAUCCAUUAGUAUUAAAGGAAAUCAAUUAGGAAUAGCAACAAUUGAUAUUGAAGAAGGGAAAAUGGAAAUAUCAAAUGUAUUUAUUAAAAGAAAAGAAUAUUCAAAUAUAGAUAGAUACAUCUAUCAAACAAAUGGAAAUAUUAUUAUUACACAUAAUCAUAUUUCAGAAGAAAUUAUUAAAGAAUUAAAAAGAAAAGAACAGAAAGUUAUAAUUCUAUCAAGUCAAGAUUUUAGUAUUGAAACAUGUCAAAAAUAUAUUCAAAUAAUUCCAAAUCAAAUGAAUAAAAGAAAUAAAGACAAAGAAACAAUGGUUAUUUCACUUUCAACAUAUAUUCCACUUGAAGAGAAUAAUGAAGUAACAAAAGCAAUUGGUGGGUUAUUCAAAUAUUAUUAUCAAUAUAUUAACAAACAAGAAGAAAAAGACAAAGAAAAAUAUUCAAUUAAAGAAAUUAAAAGAAUCGAAUGGGAUAAAAUACUUUAUAUUGAUGAACAUACAUUUAAAUCAUUAAAUAUUUUUAAAAAAGAAGAACAUCCAGAUAUUCAUAGUACAGGAGGAGGAAAAGAAGGAAUAAGUUUAUAUGGAUGUUUAAAUAAAUGUAUGACUAAAGGAGGAAGUAAAUUAUUAAAAGAAUGGAUAUUAAGAAUAGAAAUUGACAAAUACAUUAUUGAAGAAAGACAAAGUUUUCAAAAAGAAAUUGGAAAAGAAGAAUAUAAAGGAAUUAUUGAUAUUCUAAGAAAAUAUCUUAGAAAAACAAAUGAAUUUUUAAAUUUAAGUAAUAAAAUUCAAAUAUUUCAAAUGAAUGAUAAUGAUUGGAUUAAAUUUUAUAAAGUUAUUUAUUCAAUUUAUCAAAUAAUUAAAUUACUUAAUGAAUAUUCUUUUAAACAUAGAAUUAUUAUUCAAAUUGAAAGUAGAUUUCAAUUAAUUAGUACAAUUAAAAAUUAUUUAGAACAAAUUUUUGAUAUUAAUCAUUUAUUACAAAAUGAAUUAUUUAUUAAUUCAGGUUUUAAUGAUAAUUAUGAUAAUUUAAUUCUUCAAUUAAAACAAAUUAAUACUAUUCUUAUUGAUUAUCAUUCAAUUUAUCAUUUAAAAUAUUGUUUCUUUAAUAAUUUGGGUUUUUUAAUUGAAAUACCUUCAUCUUCUACUUCUUUAAAUUCAAAUUGGAAUUUAAUCUUUAAAACUAUUGAUUUUUAUUAUUAUAAAGAUAUUCAUUGUAUUGAACUUGAUCAUUCUAUUGGUGAUAUUAAUCAAAAGAUUCUUGAUUUAAAAACUCUUCUUUUAGAUAAUUUAUCUUCUUCUCUUACUCCUUAUUUAUUUCAUUCUUCUAUUAUUUAUAAUGAUUUGUCCGAAUUGGAUGUUUUACUUGAUUUUGUUGUUUGUAAUAUGUUAUUUAAUUGGAAUUUACCUUCAAUUGUUAAUCCUUCUGAUCCUUUAAUUUUAUCUGAUGCUAGAAACCCAAUUCUUGAAUUAUUCACUUCUUCAGCAAUUCCUAAUUCAACUAAAAUUCUUUCUAUUCCUAUUCAAAUCAUUACUGGUCCUAAUUCAAGUGGUAAAACAGUUUAUUUAAGACAAGUUGGAAUUAAUGUUAUCAUGGCUUUACUUGGUUGUGGUGUUUGUGCUUCUAGUGCUCAAAUCCCUCUGUUUAGUCACAUCUUUACUAAAUUCUCUUCCUCUGACUCUUCUCUUUCUUCUUUAUCAGCUUUUACUAUCGACUGCUCUCUUCUUAGUACUUCUCUCCGUCAUCUUUCAAAUGACUCUUUAUUACUUAUUGAUGAAUUUGGUAAAGGAACACAUCCUUCUGAUGGUUUGGCUUUAUUUAUUGCUACAAUUCUUUAUCUUCAAUCUUUAGGUUCUAAUGCUCCAAAAACAAUCAUUUCUACUCAUUUCAUUUCCAUUUUUCAUUACAUCGACUUGAAUAAAUGCGUUCCUCUUAAAAUGGAUGUUCUUCUUAAUCAUUCUAAUAA